GAUUUAUGUUAUCUCGAGAAACGCUAAUUAUACCAAUCUGGCAACUCAUGUCACGAGAUUCGGCAAAACAGCUUUUCGCUUCCGGGAAACUGCAACUCGCUAGCCGCCAUUUUGUAGCUUAAUUGGCGCCAUCUUGGCUCUUCGAAGCAUAAAAAAUUAGCCAAAACAGGUUUUAAAAAAAUACAGUGGCUCACUGCAGCUAUUCUGACAAGCCCCGCCCAUCCGACGCUCGGAUUGGAGGAUUCUGUCUCACCACCAAUCAGAGACGGCUUGAAGAAGGAAGUAGCGGAAUGCGGAUGUGGAGGGGAAACGAAUUUGGCGGGAAAUUGUUUCCUGAGGAGAAAUGUCUCUCAGGUGUCUCAGUGAACGUCUUCACGUGAGGAGAUUCUGUGGACCUCUGUCCUGACUGUCACACAUUUUAUAAAUCCUGUCACAAAUUCCUUUUUUUGAUUUCCUGAGUCUACCUGCCUUAGUGCUAAUUUAUCGCCUGUUUAGUAGAAACUAUUUUAGCCUGUAAAUCAACUACUUACAGUGUUAUAAUGAUAUAAAUAACGCAGUCAAGUGUGAAAAUGUUUGUUUGGUUUGUUUCGUGCUACGAUUCCUCCUCAGAUUAGAUUAGCAAAGUGAGCUAAUUGUAUGAUGAAAGUAUGUUGAAGAUGGACGAAAAGAUUUGGAUUUGUCACUAGAGAACUAGCAGUAUCAGUCACACCUAAAACCCCAAGUCCUUCAAACUCCUAGCACUUUAUCUGUGUGAGGAACCAAAGAUGGCCUCCGAUCAGCUCAUCCACAUGGUCCCACUGCAUGGUGAUCUUUUCAGCUUUCAGUGCAAGCAGACACACUCGAAAGGUUCUGAGAUCACAUUCUGCCGCAUGGCGUUCAACCGAGACUCGGGCAUCUUCUUAAACGAUGAUGACGAGGUAACCCCUUUGUACAAAAACGCUUCUCGUUCAGCCAGCAUAGUUUGUUGUGCCUCUGUUGUGAACAUCAAGAACAGGCAGAAGGUCCCAUGUGUUUUGCUGAAGUACCACAGGAAAGGACCUUCAGGGUUUAAGUACAUGCUUUACUCAUUGAGCAGCAGGACCAACGUAAAGCUUCACGUGGAAUUCUCACUACCUUACGAGAUGAGCGAUGAUGUCUCUGUUUUUCGUGGACCCACUCUUGUUUGGCGUCAUGAGGAUGUCGUCUUCUACACGUCUGCAGAGACGGGGAGCGUGAAGGAAGUCCCGAUACAUCUCACAGUCAACUUUCUGGGCGAGAUACCCCUUCCUCAAAGAACUUUAGCAAUUGUUGGUUUGCAGAAGACCACAGAUGAUGAGAAGAUGGAAAAUGAAACAGAAGACAAGAUGGUUCUUUAUUUUAUUGAGAAUGGAAGAACUUUUAGUGCUGAUUGUCUUUUACCCAGUGCCUACAAUUCGGUAGUUCGAUGUGUGCUGGUGCUCUCAGCCGAGGAACUAGCAGGAUUGCUAAGAUCUACUGUGGUAGCUGCCACUUGUAGGAAACAGCUGGUGUUGUUUGAAAAUGGACUUCCAGAAGAAGUGUACCUUCUGCCAUACGAAGAGCCUCAAAGCAUUCAAGCGGUUCACGUAGGAAGCGGCUGUCUCCUCGUUAUCAUUUUCCAGUGUGGAAAUGUCUGUGCUGUGUGGAGAGACACCUUCAAGGUGGCUGCUUGUUGGACAGAUGUGCGUCUUGUGUUCGUGGAUGAUUUUGUCGGUUCAGGGUCGGAGCAGAUGUUGCUGAUUUUCAACAACUCAGCAGAUGGAAUCCUGGAGAAGUUCCUGCUUACGGACCUCUGUGGCGUCUGUUACUCCCAUGGCAGAGAGGAGGGUGGAGGUGUGAGUAGGUGUGAGACAGCUGAAGAAAAUAUAACUCUAACCAUCCAGGCUCUAGAGUCCAGACUCCAGAGCGGUUUGGUCUUUCUCCAGGACCUAAAAACUGACUUGGGUGUUAAAGAUCAUGUGAUCCGGCAGUGUGUAUCUGCUCUCCAUGACCUUUUGGCAGACAGGAAGCACCUCGUAUCUUCUCCUCUGCAGGAAGGACUGGUGUCUCUGUUGGAUGAACAGAGCGAGGAGGACGAGUGCACGCCACUUAUGAAGAUGGUUGAGACGAAUGCAGAUGAUAGUCGUCUGGAAGUGGAGAGAGUCUGGCACAGAGUGGUGGGCCAGAGACUUGUGUUUGGAGCCCUUUUAGCUCCGUCCAAUCAGAUGAAGGAAUCAGACCACUUGAUCGCUGCUGUGAUUGCCACGCCCCCUAUGGUUCAAAGUGUGAAUAAAAUCAUUUGCUACCCUGAACCCCUGACCUCUGGGCCUCCAAGUGCAAAAGAAGCAGAGCUCCUUCUGCUCCUGCUGUACUUAUGGUCACUCCUUGCCCCGUUAUUGAACUUCAACCCCAUUAAAUGCUCUGUUCUUCUGUGCUUUUCUACCACCGACGAAGGAAGCACGUCUCAGCACUGCAAGUUAGUGUGUUUAGACUUAAAGGGGGCGCUAGAGGGAAAAUUGCAGCCGUGUCUCCUUGAGGACAGCAGUGUGGACUCAGAUGAAUCCAGAGAAGAUCUUCUGAGUCUAAUGGUAGCGUUCGAGUCGUGGCGAUUUCACAUCGUCAGUACGGAUCGCAAUGUGGUGAACGUAUUGGGGGUUUUGGAGAAAGAUUAGGCAAAACGGAUAAAAAUCAGUCCUCAGUAUUUGCUGAGUCGUUCCACACAGCUUUCUGGUGCUGUGCUUUUCUGCUGGAGUCCCUGCAGCUCCUUCGAUGGAAUGCUGGACGUCUACUGCAGUGAUCAUCUCUGCGUACUUCGUUUCCUGGACGCACUGUGCAACUUCCUUCCUGUUUCUCAUUGUGUAAAACUUCUCAGAAAUGGGCAGGGCAGAAACAGAAGCCCCGCCCUCAUUAUGGCACACGAGAUUCGCGCUAUAAAAGAAGGCGUGAGCGAUCUGAUUCGCGGCGGAGCAGAAGAACUGAGUAACGAUUUCAACGUGCAUUUCAGUCGUGAACAGUGGCUUAAAGAAAAGAGCGGUCAGCUCCGCCCCCUCGUGGAGGAAAAGCUUUAUCGCGGGAUGGUGGAACGAGCGAUUGGUCUUCAGAUGGCUAGUGAUGUCGCAAUGCUCAUGGAGGCGGAGCUUAAUGAUGAUGGAUUAUAAUGGUUAAGGUGUGUGGUGCAGCAGGUGGUGGGAGACAGAAGGACAGUGACUGGACCACUGGGUGACAGAUGCAUCUUCCAAAAAGACCAGACAUGCCAUUCCAUGAGCAAUGUUUUAUGGGGUAUAGUGGCUUUAAAUGCCACUCUGGUCAGAAGGUGGAAUAGAAAGC